CAUUUCACUACUACUACUACUACUACUACUACUACUACUACUACUACUACUACUACUACUACUACUACUACUACUACUACUACUACUACUACUACUACUACUACUACUACUACUACGACUACUACGACUACUACUACUACUACUACUACUACUACUACUACUAUUACUACUACUACUACCACUACUACUACUACUACUACCACUACUACUACUACUACUACCACUACUACUACUACUAUUACUACUAUUACUAUUACUAAUAUAUUGACAGUCUAA